ACUCGCGUUCUCCUCACUCAUAAAUCAAUCUCCCUUCUUCUCACUCUCCUUCCCACUUCUCCAGCUUUUCUUCUCUCUAUCUCUCUCUAGCCUCUCUUUCGUAGCUUGCUACAGCUAAACCCUGCACGCCUCCGUAGAGUGGUGAUAGACGGGGGACAGGAAGAUGAGCCUCUCUCCGAUAUAUUUUCUCCCUAUCACCUUAUCUUCUUCUGUGUAAUGCCCUGAGCCACCACCAACAACUAAAAGAGAAAAACCAAACGAUACAGAAGAUAAAGAGAAGAUCUUUCUUCCUCAUUCUUGAGUCUAUCCUAACAAUGGCGAUACCAAAGGAGGAAGAAAGUAGAGAAGAACAGAUUCUUCUUGAUGCUCUCUACUGCGAAGAAGAGAAAUGGGAAGACGAAGAAGAUGAAGUUGAAGAAAACUCUUCCUUUUCUUCUUCUUCUUCUUCUGGUUCUACUUCUCCAUUGGUUCUUCUGCAGCAAGAUUUGUUCUGGGAAGAUGAAGAUCUGGUCACACUCUUCACCAAAGAAGAAGAACAAGGACUCAGCUGUGUCAAUGAUGUUUAUCUCGCCACGGAUCGAAAAGAAGCCGUGGGUUGGAUUCUGAGAGUUAACUCUCGUUAUGGGUUCUCUACUUUGGCAGCUGUCUUAGCCAUAACUUAUCUCGACAAGUUCAUCUGUAGCUACAGCUUACAGAGAGACAAACCCUGGAUGCUUCAGCUCGUUUCUGUUGCUUGCCUCUCUCUAGCUGCCAAAGUCGAAGAAACCCAUGUCCCUCUUCUUCUAGACUUUCAAGUGGAGGAGACAAAGUAUGUGUUUGAGGCAAAAACCAUACAAAGAAUGGAGCUGCUGAUUCUGUCUACUCUCCAAUGGAAGAUGCAUCUCAUUACUCCACUUUCGUUUCUAGACCACGUCAUCAGAAGACUGGGGCUUAAGAACAAUGCUCACUGGGAUUUCCUCAACAGCUGCCACCGUCUCAUCCUCUCUGUAAUCUCCGAUUCAAGAUUUGUCGGCUACCUCCCAUCAGUUGUUGCCGCAGCUACCAUGAUGCGAAUUAUAGAGCAAGUUGAGCCCUUUGACCCUCUCUCAUACCAAACCAAACUCCUCGGUGUCCUUAACAUAACAAAGGAAAAGGUGAAACCUUGCUACGAACUCAUCCUCCAAUUACCAUUGAACCGCAUCGGUUUACAGAUCGAAACCCAAUCUUCCCGGAAACGCAAGAGUGGCGGCGAUUCACCGAGCUGCGUGAUCGAUUCAAACCCUUUCAAUAGCGACGAAAGCUCGAAUGAUUCGUGGUGGUCAGCGAGUUCGUGCGAUCCACCAUCUUCUUCGCAGCCUCCGUUGAAGAAGAUGAGAGUGGAUCAAGAGACGCAGAAGGAGAAACCAGUUUUGCAUCUUCCAUGGGCAAUCGUAGCCACUCCGUGAUUCGGAGCUCGUGUUCUGUUCUUACGGGUUUUUGCGUUUAGUAUUAUUAUUACAAGUCCUUAAAAUUUUAGAACAAUCUUUGUAUUAAGUGGAACGUUGCAUGUACGAAAUGUCGGGAAUACCCUUACUUUGCUCUGUCAUGUGUGAAGGGUAUUCAUGACAUUUGACUGCAUGGGAUGUGAUGCAGAGUAUAGAAAUAAUACUAGUAUUUUGCGUAAAUUUUGAGGCUUUUGCAAUCUUUGUGCCUCAAUCUCCGGUGUUAUUAAUAUUAAAUGUGUUUUAAGUUAA